AUGGGCGUGAACAAAAGGGCAUCGCUUGCCGCGUGCGCUCUCGCGCCGUGUUUUGCGUUACCAUUAUAACGAUAGUACACCAAAUUCCUCAUUUCAUGUUUUGUUAGCUUACAUACUGGUAAUAUAGCUAAGUGGGAAUGGAGGCGUUUAACCAGCUUUUGUUGAAAUAUCCUGAAUUAAUGUACAGUGGAGUCGGAGCUACGGCGUUUGUCGCCGGUGGAGCGCUGAUAUAUAAAAUCGCCACCAGGAAGAAGCCAACCCAUGCAAAUGUGAACUGCUGGUUCUGUGACCGGAACACAGUGGUGCCCUAUGGGAACAGGAACUGCUGGGACUGUCCCAACUGUGACCAGUACAAUGGCUUCCAGGAGAAUGGGGAUUACAACAAACCUAUCCCAGCUCAGUACAUGGAGAAUCUGAACCAUGGAGUAUCUGGUAGCCUUCCCUCAUCUGAGACACCCAAGACACUGCAGUGGGUCAACUGUCAGAUGCUGCUAUGCAGGAAGUGCAAUAACAACCAGACUAUAAAGAUCAAGCAGUUGGCCUCAUUUAUCCCAAGGGAUGAUGAUAAUUACGACGAGGAAAUUGAAGCCUACAAGCACCACCUGGAGCAGACCUAUAAGUUAUGUAGGCCGUGUCAGACAGCAGUGGAGUACUACAUAAAAUAUCAAAACCGUCAACUUCGAACAGUGCUCCUCAACCAACAGCUUCGGCGCAGCGGAGAAUCAGACAAGGGCUUUGUAAAGAGCUCCUAUUUUGCAUCUUCUCCUACGGGGGUCAUACUUUUACGGGCCCUCGCCUUCCUGAUAUGUGCUUUCCUAGUUGCUACAUCUUUGUGUGACUUGCCAUACCAGCCUACUUCGCUUAGUGGCCCACAGACAUUAAGUGGUGGGGUCAUUCCUCCAAAGCCUAAGCCCCACAAUGAAUCCACCCCUAACAACGAAAGCAGUGGAGGCAUACCUGUAUGGCAGGGUCUGCUGGAGCUGGUCCCAGACAAGGCCAUAGAAAAUGCCAGGCUGGUGUGGCAGCAUGGAAAGGAGAACCAGCUGGCUGUAGUUUCCAUUGGCCUGUUGACUUAUCUCACUGCUAUCUUCUUAGCAGGACCUGUGAGAUUGAGGAGAAUUGAUGCCGUGGCCUCUGUCCUUUGGUUCAUCAUUCUGUGCCUCCACCUGGCUGAGAGCUACUUGACCGAUGCCUCGGGCUGGAUGGGCAGCUACUUGACCGAUGCCUCGGGCUGGAUGUACACAGCCAAGCUCAGUACUGUCUCCCUCUGUUGCCUUGUCAGCCUUGCCGCUGCUGUGGCAACUCGCAAACCACUGGGUCCAAGAAGAGCCAGAUAUCGAAGAUACCUUGCAGGCAGCGCUGCAGUGCCCCCCUUUUGCAGCCAGCCUCCGAACCUGGCAGACUCCUUUGUCCCCACCCCGCCACCCAACAUCGCCAAGCUCAUCAACCGCCAUCAGCAGAGUCCUUGCGAGCGCAAGGCUUCCCCCUCAUCUCUGCCUGGGCGCCUCAGCAGAGCCCUCUGCCUUGGCACCAACCCUUCCCUCACCAGGACCGAUUCUGGUUACCUGUUUAGUGGAAGCAGACGAGCCUCACAAUACAAAGACUCCCCUCCCUCAGACUACUUUUCAGUGAUGACUGGGAGCCGCCCAUCAUCCCCGGGCCCCUCUCCAACUCCUUCAAUAGCUGGGUCCGUUACAUCCAGUUCAGGUUCUGCCGGACGGCGCCCCCUCAUCAGCCCUGCUCGCCUCAACAUCAGCGGCCGGAAACUCCGGCUUUUCUCAACAGAGCCAGACCCCACCCUCAUGUCCCCAUCUGUGUCUUCAUCACAUUUCCAUGUAAAGUCGGCCUCUUCCAUUUACAGUGGCUGCUUUUCACCUGACGUAUCGCCCUUCCAAAGCCAAAAUGAUUUGAGUUCUUUGUUAAGGGACGGCAGUGUAAUUGAAGAGGAAGAGAAGCGAGGCAGCUCCUCAGGGUCCUCCACAUGCCUGGUUGGCACUACUACACAGGGACCUGAGAACACCCCUCCUCCAAAAGGUUUCGUUAAGCGUCUCAUCUGGCCGGGGCUUUUGUUAGUGAGCCUAACAUCCAACCUGUGCUUCGCCUGCCUCUACAUGUACCACAACUGGAGAUGAACUGUUGAUGGGUCUGCUGCUGUUCUCUCGUGACCUGCACAGAGUGAGUCGGCCUCUGGCCUUUGACAACCCUGUCCUGUCUGUAGACCUGGAGGUUAUUCAGCAAUGCCAGAAAACAUCCCAUUUCUGGCAGCUAUUUAUUGUUUGCUGAUGCUUAUGGUGAAAAUACAGAUGUCAGAUUUUCAACAGCAUACCUCCCAUUUCAUUGGAGUUUAAAAAAAAACAAAAACACACUGUGUUGAAAUCAAAUAUUACGCCUUUGAAUUUGUGAUUGACGUACAUUUUCUUUUUCUUUUUGAUCUGGUCUUGUUGGGUUUUGUCCUUUUAGUUUGUCACUGCUCCUUUUACAUGAACACCAGUACAUGUGUAAUUGAUUUAAAAGGCUCAAUUCUUGCACUGAUGCUGUGAAAUCUGCAAUAAACAUGUACUGUUCAGUUGAUGCUGCUUGGACACAGAGAGUCAUGUCUUACCUACUUAUACUGAUUGUGAUGGCUGCAUUACAUCUCCAAACUAAAUAACAUUUCUGGUUCUCUACAAUAGCCAAAAAUGUAACCUUAAACAUUAAGCAGCAUGAUACGCUUGUGGCGUAUAGUUACAGUUUUGCAUUUUGAAAAUGUUUACACAUUUUCACUUUAUAGUUUCAUAAUUUCAAAGCACUGGUGUUGCCAUUGUCUCUCUAUGUAUAUUCAGCUGGGAAAGAGUGGUGUGUCAAACUCUAUCUGGUUGUUUUGUUAUACUGUUUACAGUCAACAUUUUUAAUAUUAUGGUCAUUAAUAUCUCAUACCAAUGUGACACAUGUCACAAUCAUUCACUACAGAAAUAGUUCUCUUUCACUAAACCAUUUCCUUUUCCAUUAUCUCUUAUAGAUAUCCUGUUCACAGGCUAGUUUGUAAGGGGGCAAAACUCCUAAGGUCAAGUGCAAUAUAUAUAUAUAAAAAGUUUUUAUUUCCAGUCUAUAAAAAGAAAUCAUGUUCACAUUGACAUGUUUGCAUACAAUUUCAGAUUUUACUCCUAACUGAGCUGUGAACUAAUUUAUACAGAACCUUUCUUAGAACGUUUAGUCAAACAUCUACAUAUUAAUUUGGAAUACAUUUGCACUUGUUUUUAUCUGAAGUGUAUGUCCACUUUUUGUGUUUGGUUGUGUUGUAUUUUGAAUGUGAUUUGAAAUUGUUAGAGCUGAGGUGUGUGUGUGUGUGUGUGUGUGUGUGUGUGUGUGUGUGUGUGUGUUUGAACAUGUGUAAGAUUUGUAUAAACAGGUUAGUUAGCUUAUUUCGUUGUUAGGCUUUGGGGUGUUUAAAUUUAACAUUUAACAAGUAUUCAAUUGUUGAAAGACAACACACUUGAUUUUUGAGAGGAAUUAUUUUGUUUGAGGAAAUAUUGGGUUAUGUGGUUUGCCUCAGAUAACUAAUGCGAAUUUGAAAGUGCAGUUUAUUUGAAGUUCUUACCUUGAGCCAAAGUAAUAAUUAAUUAAACUAAAUUAAGUUUCUGAGAAAAACUAAAACUUGCUACUGAAAGACCUCUAAAUAACUGGAAGUUGACUAAUGGCUUAGACAACUUAUCAUUAUAAUACCUUAUAAUGAAUAAUGGUUUUUGAAAGGUAAUGUAACCUCAACAUACUGUAUACAGACUUGUGCAUUUGUACUUGAUGUGUAACCUGGCUUAUGUUUAUUUUCUCUAAUGAAGGCUCAUUCAUUAAAGGAUCAAGUACAUGUUAAAAUGUAAAUGUUCUUUCAACCAUCUUGAAUUUUCCUUAAUGAGACAAUCCUAACCUUUCAGUUGAAGAUAAAAUGAAUAUAUUUUUGAGUUUGUAUUUAAAGUGCAAUGAAGUAUGUUGUGCACAACACCAUUAUGUCAAAUCAAAGGUUGUCCAUUUCAGACUCUUUGACAAGAAGUAUGAAUUUAUGUUCUCUCGCUAUUGGUUUGAAGGGUUGUUAUUCCACUGUUUAGCAAUGCAAAUGUUUGUCUGCAACAGCUGUGUGGUCUGUGUGAAUGUAAGGAACACUGGCUUGUUUCGUCUGGACCCUUGCUUUUUUAAUAAAGUUUUUUUUCUCCAUUA